GCUCCUCCCUCGCCUUCCUCUCCAUCGGCGCGCUUCAGGCGCGCGUCCGUCGGCGAGCGCGCAACAGGUCCUCACGAGGUGUCAAACUCAGAGCCGUCUCUUACGAAGUCUGCCCUUCACCCGUCCAACCCGCAACGUUAAGGAUUUUAAAGAGACUGAGGGUGUCGUGUCGUCGUGAUGAGGAGCUGAGGAAUCUGUGAAUUUUGGUUUGAUGUCGGGACGGUCCAGCGUUACUGUCGGGCGAUGGCAAAGACAUCUCAUGUGCUUUCUCUCGUCGACAUCCUCUUUACCGUCAACUUGGUUAUAGCGAUAGAGCUCAGGUUUGUGCCUGAUCCUCCGACCUUAAACAUCACUGAGAAGACUCUCAAAAUCAAUGCCUCAGAUACACUGGAGAUCACGUGCAGGGGACGUCAGAUCUUGGAGUGGUCUACACCUCACAACCGAACCCGCUCUGAAACCAGGCUCACCACAACAGACUGUAGCGGCAAUGGACUGUUCUGCAGCACUUUAACUCUCUCCAAAGCCAUAGCCAAUGAGACUGGAGAAUAUCGCUGCUUCUAUAAAAACCUGCCUGUAGAGGAUGGAAAGACUUCUGUAUCUAUAUAUGUCUUCAUUCAAGAUUAUCGUACGCCAUUUGUCCGAAUGGCUCAGGAUUAUGAUGUGGUGUUCAUUCGUGAGGGAGAACAGGUGGUCAUACCCUGCCUGGUAUCUGUGGAGAACCUAGACGUCACUCUGUACACAAAGUAUCCAGUAAAAGAACUGGCCACUGAUGGGAAAGAGGUCAUCUGGGAUAGCAAGAGGGGCUUCAUCCUGCCCAGUCACGUGGUCAGCUAUGCUGGGGUGGUCUACUGCCAAACUACUAUUCGAAACGAGACCUAUCAGUCAUCACCCUACAUUGUGGCUGUCGUAGGAUACAAGAUCCAUGACCUCACCCUGAGUCCAACUCAUGAGAGGCUAACGGUAGGGGAGAGGCUAAUGCUAAACUGCACCGCUCACACCGAACUUAAUGUGGGAAUCGACUUUCAGUGGACCUUCCCUCAUGAGAAGAGAGGCAUCAACAGCUCGAUACCACGCCAUGAGACCAGGUCCUACAAGAAGAAGCUGUGGAACUCCUUAGAACUGUCUAAUACUCUCAUUGUAGAGAAUGUAACUGUAAAUGAUACAGGAGAGUACAUCUGCACAGCCUCUAGCGGUCAGAUGCAGAAGAUUGCCCGAGUAGCCCUCAUCGUCUAUGAGAAACCAUUUAUAGCGCUCAAUGAUCAGAUGUUGCAGACUGUGGAGGCAACCGCUGGCCAGGAAGAGGCAAAAAUCCUGGUUAAAUAUUAUGCAUAUCCAGAGCCCUUCGUCAGGUGGUAUAAGAAUGAUCAGAUAGUGGGGAAGGAUGAGUACAGGAUGAAGCCCAACAGAGGAUCUCUUACUAUAUACGGGGUGACAGAGAAGGAUGCUGGGAAUUACACCGUUGUCAUGACAAAUAAGAUUACCAAGGAGGAGCAGAGAAGAACAUUUCAACUGCUGGUUAAUGUUCAUCCUAAGAUCUUUGAGAAGGAAGUGACGUUGGAUCGAGAUGUUCACAUGUACGGCAGCAGCCCUACACUGAGAUGCACAGCUAGCGGAGGAUCCAGCCCUGUCACAAUACAAUGGCAGUGGAUGCCCAGAGAGGACUGCCCAGUCCGGUUUCUACCUAAGUCAGACCAAAGUGUGGUUAAGUGUAACAAGUGGAGGGAGAUAUCAAACAACACAGGGAAGAAUCCCAUCAUCAGCCCCACAUCUGUCAUUGAACGCUCUCUUAAGACCAUCAGCACACUGAAGAUCCAGAAAGCAGUUGAUCAUGCCCUGUACAGGUGCAUUGCUUCCAAUAAGAUGGGAAUAGAAGAGCGAGUCAUUGUGUUUCAAGUAGCUCGUUUCCUCAAUCUAAGCGUCCUCCCCUCCAGCAGUCCUAUCGAGGGAGAGGAUGUGUUAAUGCGCUGUGUAGCCGAUCGACUGCUGUACUCUAACUUGCGUUGGUAUCGGGUAACAAACAUAGCCAACCCCGAUGCCUCUCCGGCAGCCGUGCCCUGCGAUACCCUUACCCUGUCACCUCUCCACCAGACCAAUGUCACCAUAUCAGGCCCGAAGGGAACCAAUGCAACGCUAGACCUGCCCAUACCCAGUGCCACAUUGAUGGACCAAGGCCUAUACGCUUGCCAAGUGGAGAAUGUGGGCACCAGUGAGAGAACCUGCUUACUUUACAACCUCAGACUCAGAGCUCUUGAGAUGUCAAGAAUUGUGACCAAUCUGACUGACCAGAAAGUCAAUGUGAGCGACUCUACUACUCUUGUGUGUGAAGUGUCCGGGACACCAACCCCUAAUAUAGUAUGGACUAAAGACAACCAGACUGUCAUGGAGGGGUCAGGUGUGAUUCUGAAACAGUCAAAUCGUGUUUUAACCAUCCAACGGGUGAAAAAAGAGGACAGCGGUCUGUACGUAUGUACUGCCUGUAACCAGCAAGGUUGUGACUUUCACGAGGCGCGUAUCACUGUAGAUGGUGCAGAAGAAAAGAUGAACGUGGAACUGAUCAUGCCUAUUGGUGCCGUGGUCAUCGCCAUGUUCCUCUGGCUCCUCAUCGUCUUCGUCAUCCGUAAUAGGAAGCGGCUGCCUAAUGAAGGAGAUCUGAAAACUGGCUACCUGUCAAUCAUUCUGGACUCAGAUGACAUGCCAAUGGAUGAGCACUGUGAGAGACUGACCUAUGAUGCAAACAAGUGGGAAUUCCCACGUGACAGACUGAAGCUAGGAGAGCCGCUGGGCAGAGGGGCAUUUGGUCAAGUCGUGGAGGCGACGGCAUAUGGUAUUGAGAAGGCCACCACCUGUACUACAGUAGCAGUGAAGAUGCUCAAGGAGGGCGCUACCACCAGUGAGUACCGUGCUCUGAUGUCUGAGCUGAAGAUCCUCAUCCAUAUUGGUCACCAUCUCAAUGUGGUUAACCUUCUAGGAGCCUGCACCAAACCAGGAGGACCCUUGAUGGUGAUUGUGGAGUACUGUAAACAUGGUAACCUCUCCAGCUAUUUAAAAAGCAAGCGAGGAGAGUACAGUCCCUACAAGAAGCGAACUCCACGGAUGCCGUGCAGGAGGGAGGUGCAGCAGGAAGAGGAUUUGCAUGAGGGGGAUCUGGGUCUGGGGACCAGCACUCGGCUGGACAUCUGCACUGGUACGGCCAUGUGCACCAGGACAGGAGAACAGACCCCCACCAACCAGCAGCAGGAUGAACAAGAGAGUUCAGACUGGGAUCACCUGACGAUGGAGGAUCUUAUCAGCUACAGUUUCCAGGUUGCCAAAGGCAUGGAGUUCCUAGCCUCGCGAAAGUGUAUCCACCGGGACUUGGCAGCCAGAAACAUCCUACUCUCUGAAAACAAUGUGGUGAAGAUCUGCGACUUCGGGCUGGCCAGAGACGUGUAUAAAGACCCCGAUUACGUCCGUAAAGGAGAUGCUCGUCUUCCUCUGAAGUGGAUGGCCCCUGAGACCAUCUUUGACCGCGUGUACACCACACAGAGUGAUGUUUGGUCCUUUGGUGUGCUGCUUUGGGAGAUCUUCUCACUUGGUGCGUCUCCAUACCCAGGUGUGUGCAUUGAUGAGUCUUUCUGCAGGCGACUAAAGGAGGGAACCAGAAUGAGAGCCCCAGACUACGCCACACCUGAGAUAUACCAGACCAUGCUGGACUGCUGGCUUGAUCGACCUAAAGACAGGCCGACCUUUACUCAGUUAGUUGAGCAUCUAGGCAAUCUGCUACAAGCUAGCGCUCAACAGGAUGGAAAGGACUACAUCCCUCUGACAAACGGAGAGAUGGAAGAGGAAUCAGGGGCUCCUCACCUCAGUGUGACGUCGAAAAGGGCUUUCUAUGCAGGCAACAAAGAGGCCCAGCUCCACUACGACAAUGCUCCACCUCUGGGGUUCCCACAGCAGAUCGACACUUGCGGUGUCCCAAUAAGUAUGACGCCUUUUGUGAACAUUCCCCUGGAGCACACUGCUGUAAUGAACGGGCACAUGGACUGUGGCGUGGGCUUGUCACGUGAUCAGAUGAAAGCUUUGGAUCGGCAAGGGCAAAGACCACUUAAUUUCAGCCCACUACUGCGAUGCAAGAGCAAGGAGUCUUUAGCAUCUGAAUCGUCCAAUCAGACCAGCGGCUAUCAGUCCGGCUACCACUCUGACGAUGCAGAAGCCCCUAUAUACGCCAACGAGGAGAUGAUCCUGAAGAGGGACAUUCGGAUGAAACCUCCGCUGCCCAAGAGAAAUGACAAGUUCAGCGGAGAGGUCCGUUAUAGCGCGCCUCCGGUUUAACAUCUAUAGAGCUUCAAACAGUCUUCCUCUUUGUGUUAAUCAGAACUUUAUUGUAGUAUUCAGCCAAAAAAGAACAUUUCGGUUUCGUCAUUUACUCACCCACCAUGUCUCGAUCAUGUGUGAGUUUCUUUCCUGGGCUGGACAUAAAAGAAGAUACUCCGAAGAAUGAUGGUAACCGCGGCAACCUGUAGCCAGUGACAUCCAUAGUAUGUAAGAAAAAAAAUACUACGGAAGUCAAUGGGUGCCGGCAAAUUGCUUAGCAACAUUGUUUUCAACAAAAGAAAACUCAUACAGGUUCAGAAAAACUUGAGGGUGAGUAACUGGUGAAAGAGAAAUUUCAUUUUUCGACUGUCUUUAAUGUAAUAGUUCUGCCAAAAUGUACAAUUUGGACAUCAUCUCACCCUUGCGUCCUUUAAAUCCUGUUUGAUUAUUACUUCUGUUCAAAUAAGAAAUUAAAAAAAAAAAACAAUGUCCAAGCUGCACUUGGAUGGAUUUUUCAUUUUGGACCUUGUCAGCUUUUGGCCACCAUGCAUCACGCAAUUUGCAUUAUUUGGUCGAUUACUUUUUUUGAUCAAGCUUUGUAUCAGGUGGCCUUAAAUACUAUGGACUUGCAUCAAAGAAUAAGUAAAUAAGUACAAUGUACUUAUUGUGUUCAUAUUAUAUUGCAAAUAACUUUUUUUCUGCUAUUGAGGUGGGGAUACAGGUUUGUUAGGGAUAGGUUUGGUGGUAUGGAUAAGUUUAAGGGUCGGUUAAAUGAUACAGAUUAAUUCUAAACUUAAUAACAGAAAUUAAUUACAGAUGUAACCGCCUAUAGGCAUUUUUAAAAAUAUAAGUACGAUGUAAAAGCGUGCAUGUAUACAAUAAGUGCAUUGUACCUAAUGAUUCAUUUAAAUAGUAUCGAAGGCCUCCUAAUAUAAAGUGGGACCCUUUUUUGUUCCUUUGAAAGUCAUACAGGUUUAGGAGAACACGAAGGUGCAUAAAUAAGUAAAAAAAUUUAAAAUUGGGUGAACUUUCCUAUCGUGCCGAUGCCAUAGAACAGCCAAAGGCCAGCUUCUUACCUAAAAUAAGUAGCAACCUUUUCACUUUUCAUCCCGUAUGAGGUUUUUCCUGCCAUUACUCGUAAUAUCUGCAUCAUCCAAAACCAACAAACCGUUAAAUUGGCCGUCGAGCUUCGAUUGAGGCGCACCGUUAUCGCUUCUUCCGUAAUUGUACGCAUAAAGGAACCGCCGACUCAUUUGAGCUGUUAACUGUUUCUUUUAUCAUGCUCGUUUUGAAAUAAAUGUAAUAUAUUGUUUCGCAACAGACUGUUUUGGAGCAGAUAAGAUGUAUGUUUUAGUUUUAUUCUUCUAAAUGUCAGGGGAGUUUGGAGAGCGAGAAAGCCUUAGCCGUACAAUCAUGUUUACACAGACUGCGGAGCAAGAGUGGUCUCUCGUUGUGUCCACGCCACUUCCUGAGCAAAGGCAUGCCCUCUUCCUACCGCACAGGAAAUAGCAACUGGAAUGUCAGACAAUUGAGUGUGUGAAUGUUUUCCAUUUUUUUUGUCUUCAUCUCUUGCAUUGUCUUUAAACGUAUCGUGACCAGACUUGUUCUCCCCCAAGCAACGAUUUUGUUUUCUCAGCUUUGUUCGUCAGUUGGCCUUUUGAUUGUACAGUUUAUAAUGAGGGCCUUCUUUGUCUGUGUAAGAAAAAUGUCAUUUAUUUUGCCAUUAUGAUUAUAUUAUUUAGUUACACGUCCAUUAAUGUAAUUAGUUUUUUAAAAUAAACACUCUUGCCAGUUAAAAAGGA